AUGAAUGAUGAUGAAUUAAUCACAAUAACAGCAAUUAUUUAGAAAACAAAUAACUAAAAAAUAAAUUAAUCAUUAAAUGAAUUCAAAAUUGCAAUAGAGAAGGUGAAUUCUUAAGAUGGAAAUAAAUUAUUUGUUAAAAAAUGUUUAUAAAUUGUUUAUAAUGAUGUGCUUUCAAAAAUUGAUGAAUUGUCAGAUUAAGAAGAAAGUAGAGGUAAUUAAAUAAAAUUAGCAUUUGAACUUGAAAAAAUAAAGAAAGUAACUGAAAUGCUUCCAUAUAUAAAUAAAAAACCAAAAAAUUGUAUUUUUAAUGAUGAAGAGUAUAUGAAUAUUCCAAAUAUAGAAAUCAUAAAAUUAGAUGACUAAGAAAGAGUAAAAUAACAAUUAAGAAACUUUUAUCAAAAAAUAUCUUUAGGACAUGCAUAUAUAAAUUCUGGGAAAUAAUAUUAAUCUCAAGUUAUGUAGUGUAUAGUUAGAAAUUUAAAGGCUCUAUAUUAUUUAUCAAAUUAAGAAGAAACAAAUCUUGCUGCAAUAGAAAUAAUAACAAAUCCAACUCUUGAACAUGCAUUACAAUUGUGGAGAAUUAUAGAUGAAUCAAAAAUAGUCAAAGCAGGUUAUAAAUUACAAUUAGAAUAAGUGAAAUUUAAGAAAAUAAUCUAUAUCCCAAGAUUAUUUAAUUAAAUUACUUUAGAUUCUCUUCAUAAUUUUAAUAGCAAUCCAACUGAUAUUCCAAAGAAUUUAUUAUAUUAAGUAGCAUUUCGUAGUAUCAAAAAGAAAUAAAACGAUUAUGAUAUAAGGGUAAGAGUUAUGUGUAAUAAAUAAAUGCUUAAAUAAAAAAUAUCUAAUUAAGAAAUUGCAUAAAUAGUAAGAAAUUUAACAAAAAGUGAACUCUAAAUUUAAAGGACUUAACAUAUAUAACAGUUAUAAUCAUCCUUUUUUGGAGGAUGCUGUGUUUCAUCAAGAAAUGAAAUAGGAGAAAUAGGAUUAAAUACUUUGAGUAAUAUAAUCAUUCAUAUACAUGGAGGAGGAUUUAUAUCAAUGUCUUCAUUUUCUCAUUAAUCAUAUACAAGAAAAUGGGUUAAUCAAUUGCCUAAUACGAUAGUCUUUUCAAUUGAUUAUCGUCUGGCUCCUGAGAGUCCAUUUCCUUAAGCUCUUGAUGAUUGCUGGUAAUAUUAUAUGUGGAUUAUUCAUUUUGGUUCUAUCUAUUUCAAUAUAUCUCCAAAAAAUAUCAUUUUGAUUGGAGAUUCAGCAGGUGGCAAUUUGGCUUUAGGAAUAUUAAUUAGAGCAAUAGAAACUAAUCAAAGAAUUCCAGAUAAAAUUAUAUUGUAAUACCCUGCCGUUAAUCUAAAUCUUUGUGAUGUAGUACCCUCUAAUCUUAAAAGUAUGAAUGAUUAAAUGAUACCUAUGGGAUUACUAAUGUUAUGUAGAUAGAGUUAUUUAAGAAAUUAGUUUGAUCUUCCUAAUGAUUAUUAUGCUUCUCCAAUAUAAACUCCUAAAAAUAUUGUCCAAAAUUUCCCAAAAGAUUUUGUUAUUUUUGUUGGAUAAGAUGAUGUAUUAUUAGAUAACUCUGUAGAAUUUGUUCAUUAUUGCAAAGAAAAUGGAUUAGAUCAAAUUAAAUUAAAAGUUUUUGAAAGUCUGCCUCAUGGUUUUUAGAAUAUGGGAAUGAGAACAAAUGGAGUUACAGCUGCUGAAUCUGCUAAUAGACUCAUCAUAGAAUAAAUUAGAUAAUUUAUUAUUUGA